CCACUGUACCGUGGGAGCCUCUCAAGAUGGCGGAGAAAGGUGGCAGUCCAGGCAACGGAGAUGCUGGACUUGUCUCCAGUUCCUGCCUGUCGUCCGGAGCGGGCAUGCUGGGACUGUCUCGGAUCCAGCAAAAUCCAUUUGCCAUCAAGACCACCACGCCAACAAGGAGCGUAGCAGACAGUACAGAAAACAAAGAAUCGAAGCCCAUUGUCGCUCCACCCACCUUAGUUCUCGGCGCAGACAAUGCCUGCGCAGUGUCAUCAUCCGGGAGCCGGAUAGUGCUCCGGCCGUCGGCCCUCGCUUUCCAAGCUGAAAAGCUGAAGCAGACAUCGGAUGUGGCAUCAACGGAAACAAAGGACAACUCGGCUGCAGCGUCUGCUACUAAAGAGCAGCACCAGCAGCAGACACCGUCGGCAUCCAGGGACCUCCGCGAGGUGUCGUCAACAUGCGAGUCCACCACCGGCCCCGUCACGAAUGGCACGCGGACAAGUAGCACGGGCUCUGGUGCGGAGGACGACAACAGCGGCAGCACCACGACUUCCAGCAGCAAUGGCCGUGCCGUUGGUGAGGGCAGCGGCAGCUUUGGCCUGGCCCUGGGUGACCUUCGAAACGGCACGUCAUCGUCGUCGGACCACCUGGUGAACCUCAGCAGCGGCGCCGGACUGCUCAGCUCAGCGACAGACGACGCGAAUCACUCGCCACACGCGGCGGCAGGACCCCCUGACGGAUUCGUCUUUGGUGAGAACCUGCGGGAGCGGGCUGCGGUAAGUGAUCUGAACUUUGAAGAUGCGUCGUCGGACUCCUCAGUUGCGCCAACGUCAACGGAGCUCUCCUUUCAGCAGUUCCAGCAACAGGCCGGUCAAAGCACUGUUGCCAGUGUGGAGCAGCCAGUGGACGUCACAUCUGCAGCGAGCCGGCACGCCAAAAGCCUGACCGAGUCGGCCGAGGAGUACCAGUUGCGGCAAGUCAAGCGGACGUACGACGAGGUCGCCGUGGUUACGGGAGAGGAGAACGAGUCCAAUGUGCUUCAGAUCAACUGCAAGCUCUUCACCUUCGACAAGACGACAAGUUCUUGGCAGGAACGGGGUCGUGGCAGCUUACGACUGAACGACCAGGAGGUCGACGGCGUGCUGCAGUCGAGGAUGGUGAUGCGAACACAGGGCAGCUUGCGCGUCAUCCUGAACACCAAGGUUUGGUCUGGAAUGGUUGUGGAGCACCCCAGUUCAAAGACCGUCCGCACGUCGGCCAUCGACCCCGACGGAAUCCGUGUCUACCUCAUUCAGGCAAAUGCCAAGGACGCCGAGCAACUCUACGGCGCGCUCGAAUGUCGCGUCGCAUCGCUCAAGGCCGCGGAGGAUAACGGCACUGGCGUGUCACCUGUGCCAGCGGCCAUGCAGGGACUGCCGCCGUCUGCAGACAGCUCUUCGUCGUUUCCCGAGUCCGUGGGGAGCCUGGAGGACGAUGGAGCGCCACAGUCGAAACGGCCCCGUCUCCAGGAGUCUGACGGCAGCCUUCCGGACAGCAGCCACGGCGAGGACUCUGUCGCAACAGCCGAGUGCGAAAGCAGUGCGGAAGACAAGGGAUAGGCAUUGCCUCCGCGACCGUAAAAGCAUCCUCCGACAAGGCAGUGGAUGACGAGGGUGGGGUUGAAGCGGCAAAGCCAUUGCUGUCGUUUAUGGAGUUUGGGCUCCCCAACGGUUCGCGGCGUGAAGAGGCUCAAUUGGCUCGAAAUUGGACGAUUCUUGCCUGCCUGGCUCAUAGUCCUGAAGGGGAACUGCAAGGUCCGGAUGGCCCUUGGAAAAUUGCGAAGCCAUUGCCUGGAUUCCGAGCGCGGACUCCAGCAGGAGCAAACGUGCACCAGACAAAAGUCUAGGAUGGUGCUGCACUGUUACGAAGAUGUCAUUUGAUUCGUACCGUUUUUUUCCGUGCUUUUUCUUUUUAUAGCGUCAGCAUUGAGAUCUCUACGGUUGUAAUGCAUGAACAAGCUGUAUUUUUCUUCAUCCUUCAGAAGUAGGAACUCUCGGAGAGGGUGCCAUUCUUUAUUGACCAUUUUCGGAGGUGCUUUCAAUGUCGGUCAUUCGGUGUCCGGCGUGACAUUUCACCAUAGUGACAGACACCCCCUCCUUGCUGGCUUAACCAACUAUCCUGUGACCAUUGAAAGCGCGAUCUUUAAAAUAGGUUGGUGCGGGAUGCAACCGCUGUCUUGACCACUUUGUUAGCACGAUGAUGAUGGUGUUUUGUUUUGCAGCAUUUGUUAUACUAUGCAGUCUUUUCCUGCAUUUGUUACUUCAUUUUUUUUUUCACUUCCAAGUUAUGUAUCAUGGAAUCUGCACCUGAUAUUGCGUGCUAUUAUAGGGUUGGCAUGACCCCAGUACGCUAAACUUGGGGCGUAUUUUUAGUUCGAGCAGGACAUACGGAUGCAACAGGGACGGCAAACGAAUGCAGAGGCAUGUGGAAUAUCUGCACUGAGUACUUGUAGUGUUCAGGGAAUCUGCAUUUGCCAUUCAACCGCCGUCUGUCUACAAUAUAUUUUCGACAAUAGCAAUUCCUUAAUAAAACUGCUGCCUCUGCAAACUCAACGUUAUGCAAGUCUGCAUGUCAUCUUGCUCACUGUCUAGUGUAAUAUUUGCAAGCAGGUUAAUGUAACAUAAAUGGCAACAUCCAGGCCCAAGUGAGCAGGAGUUUGUUAACGUCAUUGUCUCACCCAGUUUCCAUCGUUUCUCUCCGCCCAUUCAGCAAUGAGUGUUGGAAGAAAGGUAGAUCUUUCACUAAGAAGCCCUCGAAGCCAUACUUCAAACAUGUGCAAGUAGCUGUUGCGAUGGCUUGUGCAUUUUAAUAACUGUUGGUGCAAUGGCCUGAAAUGCCAUUUCUCUGUAAUUUCAUGCAGGUUUUUCAGCAAGAAAACCGUUGGGGUGCCCAAAACUCACAAUGCAAUCUUUCCCAUCCCUUCCUGCUGUUUUGGUGUGCAGUUGCAUGACCGUAGCGCAAAUGCCUUGCUGGGUUUUUUUUUUCUUUAAUGCAGUUUUCGUGGCUGUCUUGCGCGUUAACUUUGCUUUUUUUUUUGCAUUUCCUGCUUUGUUUCUCGGGAUUUUUAAAUCCAAGGAGGGGGUAGAAAGAUUCCCCUUCUUUCCCACUGUGUGGGCUUGCUCCAAGUGUCCCUUGGAAACGCGUGACGUGUCAUUUUUUUUUUUGUUGUUGUUGUUGCUGUUUCUCUCGCUUCUUUUAAGAGGAGUAGUGCUUUCAGAAAAGCUGAGCUCUGCCUAAGUUGCCUCGUUUAUGCGGAUGAAAUGUUCUCGCGACCUUUUUUUGCUCUAGUGUGCCACAACUCUGCGAACUGUUACGCUAUUACGUGCGAUGCACGGUGGCGGGAUUGGCUUGGCUCGGCCGUUGCCCUGCCGGAAUGUGAUCCGCUGCGACCAGUAGCCUGUUGGCUUCAAGAAGUCUCGCGGUGGUUUGGUAGCCACCGAUCAGUUGAGACUUGUCGCGAGCACCGUUUCCGGGCCAAGCUCGGCCGUGCCUUUGCGUUGGGCUCCAACGUGGAUGUGGAUCGACAGCGGUGGAGUUUGCUUCCGAACCUGUAAAUGGGACUUGUCACUGCGUCAUCAGAAAAAGGUGUACUACAUAACGCUGAAUCCUUCUGCUGAGUUUUUCAUCGCUUACGUGUAGUUUUGGUGCCGAGUUUGCAGUGGCUUGUUCUUUGGCUACACUUCUGCGGAUUGGCUGGGAAGCAAGCAAGGCAGUCAUUGGGAGAGAAGAUCAUUGACACAGCAUUCGUCAUUUAAGCAUUAUGUACAUAAAUAAUCAGAAAAGUGGCCCUUGUUCAGCGGAUGCACCUCCGAGCUAGUAUUAAGGAUCGCCCGCCGUCUGAUUUGUUUUUCUUUUUCAUUUAGAGUUUUUCCCUUCCCUUCGUAAACAAGCUUAAAGAGACGGGCCUCCUGUAAACUUAGUCCGGCAAACUAUUUGUGAAAGAAGCCUGGCACCCUUCUGCUUUUGAUUCUUUGUUGAAGCAUAGUUUGCUUGGAUAUUUUUUUUUUUGUCGUGUGAGCAUUUCGCGUUUUUUUUUUUAUUUGAGUGAGCUGACACCACCUGUCUCAUGGGUGUUAAAGAAAAAAUGUGCUGCUGCAUGCCAUGCAGGGUCAAACCCACAGUCAGUUUAUUCAGGUUUUUGUUAAAAUAUACUUUUUACUUGGACCGUUGAUGCGUCAUGUAACUAAAUGCGUUUCUGUGGAGCUGCCAGUUUUUCAUGCAGCCUGAUGGCAUGUGUAUAGUGAACUUUUCUGUAGUAUGAACACAUUGUUUGAAAAAUAAAGCAGAUGUGACAAUGUAA